GCUAUCAAACUUUGUGUACCAUGUCAGCAGCAGCCGCAGCGGCGGCGGCGGCGGCACUGAGUAAUUCGAGCUCCACUAACAGCAACUCCAUCACCGACAACUACCACCACCAACCGUUAUUCACACCGUCCCCGCUAGCGGCCGUGACGCCAGUGCUGAGCAGAUACGAGUCCCAGAAGCGGCGGGACUGGAUCACGUUCGGGCAGUACCUCAAGAACCACCGCCCGCCGCUUAACCUGUCCCGCUGCAGUGGGGCACACGUGCUGGAGUUCCUUAGGUAUUUGGAUCAAUUCGGGAAGACCAAGGUCCACGCGGACGCUUGCCCUUUCUACGGGCACCCUAACCCUCCUGCGCCCUGCCCAUGCCCGCUGCGGCAGGCUUGGGGCAGCCUGGACGCGCUCAUUGGGCGGCUUCGGGCAGCUUUUGAGGAGAACGGCGGGCACCCCGAGACUAACCCGUUUGGGGCACGGGCAGUGAGGCUGUACCUGAGGGAGGUGAGGGACAGCCAGGCCAGGGCAAGGGGGAUUGCUUAUGAGAAGAAGAAGAGAAAGAAAGUAGGGCCGUCACAACAGCUGCAGGGGAAUGAUCAACAACAUGAUGAGGAGGAGAGGCAUGGGCAACAUGGUAAUUUUGGUUCAGAUUAUGGGUAUAGUGCUGCUGGGGCUUCAUCUGCUACUGCCAGGGACUCCAUGAUGCCCUUAUCUGUGCUAAUCUGAUUAAGUUUAAAUUAAUUAAGUAAUGAGUAUAUUUAUGUAAUGAAUAUGUAAGGGCUUUUGGUGUGGGGUUGUGUUACUAAUUAGUUAUUAACCUUUCCUUUCUUGA